AAAUCCAAUAAAAAUACAAGCCAGAAUGAAUGAAUUCAUCAAUGAUUAAGUAAAAAAAAAAUCCACUUUCUUCCUCCUAUUCCCAUGGCUCAACUUCAGCAGCACCGCCACCUGGGUUUUGUGGCAACCCUGCUACUAAUAACACUUUCCAUUUUUAGUAGGUUUGCUGUGAAAGUGGAAGCCGUUGGAGUGAACUGGGGAAGAAACGCAUCACACCCACUUCCACCUCCCAAAGUUGUGCAACUUCUCAAAUCCAACAAUGUCACCAGAGUUAGGCUCUUUGAAGCCGACCCUUCUGUUCUUCAAGCUCUUCAAGGCUCCAAAAUCGAGGUCAUUUUGGGUAUCCCUAAUUCUAUGCUACCCAGGUUGAACUCUUCUUUCAAGGUUGCUCAGAGUUGGGUUCAUGAUAAUCUUACUCGCUUUCUCUCCGAUUCUUCCCCGAAAGUCCGAAUUCAGUACAUUGCUGUUGGGGACAAUCCAUUUUUGCAAGCUUAUGGUGGGAAGUAUAUUCCGUUUGUUGUAGGAGCUGCCAUAAACAUUCAAGCAGCCCUAACAAGAGCAGGCAUUGACCAGGUAAAGGUGGUUGUUCCAUCUAGUUAUGAUGCCUUUCAAUCAGAAUCUGGACUGCCUUCAAAGGGGCACUUCAGGUCUGAUCUUAACAAGACCAUGGUUGAGCUGCUUGCAUUUCUCUCUAAACAUAACUCACCAUUUAUGUCAAGUGUAUCUCCCUUUCACCUUCUCCAACAGAAUAAAAAUAUCUCCCUUCAUUUCUCUCUGUUUAAAGAAACUUCCCACCCUCGAAAAGAUGGUAAAAAACACUAUGGCAACAGCUUUGACUUGAGCUAUGAUACUUUGGUAACUGCCUUAUCAGGUGCUGGCUUUCCCGAAAUGGAUAUCAUCAUUGACCAGAUCGGAUGGCCUACAGAUGGAGCUAUUAAUGCCAAUUCCUCCACCGCUGAAACAUUCAUGAAAGGUUUGUUAACCCAUCUUCAUGAGAAGUCAGGGACUCCAUUGAGGCCCCACAAACCACCAAAAGAAGCAUACAUUCUCGGUCUGUUAGACGAGGACCAAAAAAGCAUUGUUGAUGGUAGUUUCGAGAGACAUUGGGGAGUUUUCACUUUUGACGGACAAGCCAAAUACCACGUUGAUCUCGGCCAAGGCUCAAGAAGCCUCGUAAAUUCACAAAAUGUGGAGUAUCUCUCUGCCAAAUGGUGUGUUGUAAAUGACAACAAAGAUUUUAGCAAUGCCUCUGCAAGUGCCUUAGAUGUAUGUUCCACUGGAGAUUGCAGUGCUCUGUCCCCUGGGGGAUCAUGUUACAAUCUUACUUCGCCUGGAAACAUAUCUUAUGCUUUUAAUAGCUAUUAUCAGCAACAUGAUCAAAGCCCUGAUAGCUGCGACUUUGGAGGGUUAGGCUUGGUUACUACUGUUGAUCCAUCUGUAGAUAAUUGUAGAUUUUUUGUUCAACUCCGGACUUCAUAUGGAAGUUUGCUCCGAGUACCUUCGUUAAUGUACAUGAUUCUUUUGUCCACGGCUGUAUUUCUGAUAUGAUUAUGUAGACCCAGAAAUCAGAACUGUGUCAAGCAGCAAUUUUCAACUGUUUCUAUUUAGCUGCUUUCUUAAUUAGGGGAUUCAAUUAAACGUAAAGUAUUGAGGCAGGUUUCCCCCCUUUUGUUUCUGGUUAGGCCGGAAUAAUUUAUCUGAUUUUUUUGGAUUUAUAUUGAUCUAGAAAAUGAUUGCUGUA